GGGAGCGGAAGUGCGCCGCGCUCACGCGCAGGGCCGUUGGCGCCGAGUGGGAGACGGCGGCUGAGCAGCGGGAGCGGAGCUGAACGGAACGGAGCGGCGGACGGCAUGCCGCGGGAGAUCAUCACCUUGCAGCUGGGCCAGUGCGGCAACCAGAUUGGGUUCGAGUUCUGGAAGCAGCUCUGCGCCGAGCACGGCAUCAGCCCCGAGGGCAUCGUGGAAGAGUUCGCCACUGAGGGUACCGACCGCAAGGACGUCUUCUUCUACCAGGCAGAUGAUGAGCACUACAUCCCACGAGCUGUGUUGCUGGACCUGGAGCCCCGAGUCAUUCACUCCAUCCUGAACUCCCCUUAUGCUAACCUCUACAAUCCAGAAAACAUCUAUCUGUCUGAGCAUGGAGGUGGAGCCGGGAACAACUGGGCCAGUGGCUUCUCACAGGGAGAAAAAAUCCAUGAAGAUAUAUUUGACAUAAUAGACAGAGAAGCUGACGGGAGUGACAGUUUGGAAGGAUUCGUGCUUUGCCACUCUAUUGCUGGUGGAACAGGCUCUGGGCUGGGCUCUUACCUCCUCGAGAGACUGAAUGACAGGUAUCCCAAGAAGCUGGUGGAGACCUACUCGGUUUUCCCAAACCAGGAUGAGAUGAGUGACGUUGUGGUCCAGCCAUACAACUCUCUACUGACACUGAAGAGGCUGACUCAGAAUGCUGACUGUGUGGUGGUUCUAGAUAACACAGCCUUGAAUCGUAUCGCAACAGAUCGGCUGCACAUCCAAAACCCAUCAUUCUCUCAGAUCAACCAGCUGGUCUCCACCAUCAUGUCUGCCAGCACCACCACACUCAGGUAUCCCGGGUACAUGAACAAUGACCUCAUUGGUCUGAUCGCCUCACUGAUUCCCACCCCAAGACUGCACUUCCUCAUGACGGGGUACACACCACUCACCACAGACCAGUCGGAUGUUACUCAGAGAAGCAAAUCUGAAAAACUGCUGGCUCUGAAAAGGGUGGCCAGUGUGAGGAAAACCACAGUCCUGGAUGUGAUGAGAAGAUUGCUGCAGCCUAAAAACGUGAUGGUGUCCACAGGUCGAGACAGGCAGACCAACCAUUGCUACAUCGCCAUCCUGAACAUCAUCCAGGGGGAGGUAGAUCCCACACAGGUUCACAAGAGUCUGCAGCGAAUCCGGGAGAGGAAGCUGGCUAACUUCAUUCCUUGGGGUCCUGCCAGCAUCCAGGUGGCUUUGUCGCGGAAGUCCCCCUAUCUGCCAUCAGCACACCGUGUCAGCGGCCUCAUGAUGGCAAACCACACCAACAUCUCCUCGCUGUUUGAGCGGACGUGCCGGCAGUACGACAAGCUGCGCAAGCGAGAGGCUUUCCUGGAGCAGUUCCGCAAGGAGGACAUCUUCAAGGACAACUUCGAUGAGCUGGACAACUCGCGGGAGAUCGUGCAGCAGCUGAUCGAUGAGUACCACGCAGCCACGCGCCCUGACUACAUCUCCUGGGGCACACAGGAGCAGUGACAUGGGGACAAGAGGUCUCACGGCCACUGCCACGUGCUGCAGGGCACGGCUCUGCUGCACCCACAUUGAGCACCACUCAGGCCUCCCAUAGAGCUGCCAGUGGGUGCGCACACACAGACACACACAGACACACACACACACACAUACACACACGUGUGCUCCUCAGCAGUGAGCAGCACUGCCCCUGCAGGCCCUGGGCAGAGGACAGCCUCCACCACACUGCAUGCCCUGGCCCAGGGUGGGACUGGGGCAGCUGCUUGCUACUCUGAGGGAUCCUCUUGCCCUGGGAGCAUGUGUGCGCUUGGAGGAGGGCGAGGGGAGAACCGGGGGCCUGGAGUAGGCCUGGCCUGAAGGUUGGGCCCUGUGGCUGGGGGCUGUGUGUGGCUGAGCCAGUCCUUGCCCUGGGCAGAGUCUUUCCUCCUUUGCCAGAUCAGGCCUGGGCCACAGGCAGCAUCUAUAUUUUUGUAGGUUAUUUUGCUUUAAUAAAGGCUGUUCCUGCACUGA